AUGGAGAUUAUUGAAGCGAUGUGUACAUCAGACAAUACGGUUUCAACCCUAACCUUCAAAAGUAGUAAAGUAUGUUUACUUUCUGUGGAACAAGAAGGAUCAGAAGUGAAAAAUGUUCCAGCUGCAGAGAGUAAAGGUUUCCAAUUUGAUACAAAAGAUAGAGAUAGAGUUAUUCCUGGUUUUCUUGAUGCCAUAAUUGGAAUUCAAGGAGGUGAAACAAAAUCUUUCUCACAUACAUUUCCAGAUUCAUGGAAACAACAAGAUCUACGUAGCCUUCCUUGUCAAUGUACAGUUGAAUGUAAAGAACUCUUCUAUAGAAAAUUACCAGAGAUGAAUGACUCCAUUGCUGAUAAGCUUCUUACUGGAUGCACCACUAUCGAUCAAUCAUUGUUGGAGAGGUUUGUGGAACUUGAGCAAACAGCUAAAGAUCAAGCAACAGAUAAUGCAAUACCUGAUCAGCUUCGAAAGAUGAUUCAAGUUGAAAUCCCAUAA